AGAAAGGUUUCACAUACAGUACCGGAAAUUAUAAGUGUUAUAUACAACCAGAUCAUUCACUACUGUGAAUAUGUAGACCAUAAAUGCCUUAACUCAUUUAAGGUACGUGUUAAGAUUACGAUGUUUGUGAAAUCUCUUUUCAUCUAUUCAAUUCUUCAUGGAUAAGUUUAAGCCUUCACUCUGGAUUUGUAAUCAAUGAACUUUUAACUGGAGUACAACUGGCUAACGUGCUUUAGAAUUGAUCUGGUGAAACACAUUUUCGCUGGUUCAUACAUCUUUCAUGCGGGGAGGCAUUUAAACCGCUUCAUUCAUUGUGGUAUGAACCAUACAUAUGUUUCGAGCGUUUUUAGUUUAUAUAGCUGUUAUAUAAAUGUAAACAGUGGUGGUUGUAUGGUUUUCGUUUAACGGAAGUGGAGACAAACAGACAGAGACAGCUAAACGGACACAUGCUGAAAACAACAGUCCUCUAUACAGUUUACCUUAUAAGAGGCAUACCCGGAAUAUUUUCUUGAAACAUCGGAAAUUUAAGAAUAUGAAAUGGACGUCUUAACCCAUAAAUACAUUUUUUAUAAAAUACGGAUAUAUAAAGGCAUACAAACAAAUAUAUUUAUGAACUAAUUUUUAACUUGGUUUAAGUUUAGAAAGCCAGUUAUACAUGAAUGCAUAUCGAUAAAUAGAAUAGCUCUGAUCGAAGGAUUGAUGGUGUUAAACGCAUGUAUUUUAAGUGGAUCUUAGUUCUGAGUUGAGUUAAGUCGGGGGGAAGGACUAAAACAAGAUGGGUCCCAUGUCGACUGACCCCCGGGGGAGUGGAGGAAUGCCGGAAGUGGCGGUGGACCCGGGGCUCCUAGAUGGAACCCUGGAUGAAGUACCGGAAGUGGGUUCCAAGAUUAUCCGUGUCUUCCUCAGUUCGACCUUCUCAGACAUGGCGGAAGAACGCAACAUGCUGCUUGAGGACGUGUACCCGCGCAUCCAGGAGUACAGCCGCCGGAAGUACGGUGUGGACUUUCAGAUGGUUGACAUGCGCUGGGGCGUGACCAACGAGGUCCAAAACGAUCACAUGACCUCCAUUUGCUGCCUCCAGGAGAUACACAACUGCCAGAAAGUCUCCAUUGGACCCAAUUUCGUGGUGCUCAUGGGUCAGAAAUAUGGGUACCGCCCCAUCCCGGCGUUUAUCGAGGCGGCGGAGUUUGAGGGGAUGCGGGCGCUUUUAGCGGCUGAAGGAGAGGACGCCGAGGGGCUGGCGACCCUUGGACGAUGGUAUAUCCGGGACGACAACUCUGUGCCGCCCCAGUAUGUCCUACAGCCCAUAGAUUCGGUUCUUACCAACUACCAUAGCCCGAAAGAAGAGUUAAAACGGCGUGCACGAGAGGAUUGGGAUGACACUUUCGAAGAGAUACGAGAGGUUCUGAUGGCGGGCGCGAACCUCGCCUUCAAGACGGGCCUCAUAGGCGCUCAGGGUCGUGAUAAAUAUUUUAGUUCAGUGACACAAGAAGAAAUAGAGAUGGGAAUACCUCAACAUCCCGAAAAAGACAAUAACAUGAAAUGUCUGUGUUUCGUUCGAGAGAUCGAAGACCUCUCUGAAAACAUUAACAACCUCAGGGCGGUGAAAUUUCUCGACCUUUACCCUCGUGAAAACGGGGAGCCGGCGGAAGUGGAUACUGACGCUCAGGAACGGUUAAAGCGCCUCAGGAACUAUAUGAUACCUAAGCUUCUAAAUAAAGAGAACAUUGUGAAACUGACGACAAAAUGGAGUGAUAAAGGUGGAAUCAACGUCGUCGACAACAAAGAUUACCUCCAGCGGCUAGGAGAAGCAUUUUACACAAAGAUGGUGUGGUUGAUUGAUAGAAAUCUGAAUGAUAAAACUAUUGAAGAAGACGAGCAUGCGCGGGAGCUCCGUGAGAGUCUCCUCUUCCGUAACAAGUGGAGUCGGAUAUUCUUCGGGCGGACGGAGCUUUUGACGCUCGUCCGAAAGUACGUUCAAGAGGGCGGACGGUCGGCGCCCAUGAUCGUCUACGGAGAGAGCGGCACCGGAAAGACUGCCGUCAUCGCCAAGUGCGCCCGGGAGCUAAAGGGAUGGCUUCCUGGAAUGUCGCCAAUUAUUGUGGUCAGAUUCUUAGGGACUUCCCCGCGGUCCUCACAUCUGCAUCUCCUACUACGCAGCCUCAGUUUGCAGAUCUGUGACGUAGUGGGAUUUCCCCGAAAGGAUAUCCCCACAGAGUUCAAGGAACUCGUCGCCUUUUUCCACACUCUGCUGAAGAGAGCCUCCGAGCAGCCCCGCCCCAUAGUGCUGUUCCUUGACUCCGUGGACCAACUGGCGUCUUCCGGUGAGCCUUACACGUUCCAUUGGCUCCCUCGUCAGCUUCCGCCAAACGUCAAGAUCGUUCUAUCCCUCGUGCCAUCCGUAAACAACUUGUUGUCGCGGUUCAGGGCCCAUAUGGACACUUUCAAAUUUACGGCGGAGCCCAUUCCGCCGUUAGGGGAUACCAUGUGUUUGGACAUAGUCCGCGCACGCCUGGAUGACAAUGGGAGGACGAUCUCAAAAGACCAGAGUGGAGUUAUGAAGGCGGCCUUUUCGCGCUGCGGUCUCCCGCUUUACACUAGAGUCAUGUUAGAUGAAAUUCAGACUUGGAAAUCAUAUACACAUGUCUCGCUGGAGAAGGUUUCUGCAACGCUAAAGGAGGCAUUAAACUUCUUCUUCCGGCGUUUGGAGACGCAACAUGGCAGCACGCUUGUCAGACAUGCUCUUUCGUAUAUCACCGCAAGUCGAGAGGGCGUCUCCGAAAUGGAGCUCCUUGAUUUGCUUUCGUUGGACGACGAAGUCCUUAAUUCUAUCUUUCUGUUCUGGCUGCCACCCGUCCGCCGCCUGCCGCCAUUCCUGUGGACGCGGCUGCGCAUUGACCUAGAUCAAUUCUUGGUGGAGCGUGACGCUGGAAAUACGGCGGUCUUCACAUGGUAUCACCGGAUGUUCAAAGAGGCGGCCAUGGAACGGUACCUCGCGGAUAACGAAACUCGUGUGAACAUACAUUCCAGUUUAGCGGACUACUUUGCGGGAAAUUGGUUUCGUAAAAAGAAACCGUUCAAGUUUAGCUCAUUUCUCAUGUCUCGUUUGUCGUUGAAGUCAGGUGACGGCGAAGAAGAACGUCAUGUUUCCGAACAGCCGCUGAUGUUCAAGCAAAACAGGAAGUUGUCCCAGUUUAACAAACGUAAGCUCACGGAACUACCGUAUCAUCAAUUGAAAAGCGCGCGAACGGAAGAAUUUCGUGACAAAUGUGUUUUUAACUAUGAAUGGCUCUGGGCAAAGCUUAGUGCUUCAGGUUUACAACUUCUAUUGGAGGACCUUGAGCUGGCGCUAGCAACAUCUGAUGACGCGGACACCGACAUCCAAACGUUGGCGGACACCAUUCGGAUCGCCGGCUCCACUCUGAAUGAUCAUCCUGAAAAUCUCGCACUGGAGAUCACCGGUCGCCUCAUUGACUUGAUGGACACGAGUCCGCGCAUCCGGAACCUCAUAAAAGAUUGUGACGUCCAUGGCGCGGCGCAUUCGGCCUUGGUAGCGCCGUUUCAGAUGUAUGAAGUCCCAAUAAGCUCGCUGAUCAGCUCCAUUGAAAAUAUGCCGUCCGAUAUAGGUGAUACAAUCAUGGUUAAGAACGAUUCUCGAAUCAUUGCCGUGUGUAGGGACGGCACGGUGUUAUCCAUUGACACUCAAAAAGGGGUUCCGGUAAAACAAGUUUCAUUGAGUAAAGUAAAAUCGAACUCAUUUCAGAACAUAGAUUUGUAUGCCAAUAGAAAUGAAAGGUAUGUUGUAUGUGAGUGUCGGUCCGCGAAAGUUGUAUAUGUGUUUGAUGUUGACAUCUUAGAAGUGAAAAAUGAGCACAGAAUGUCUAUGGCCACUGCCUUGCAUAACACUUACGUUAGCGAAAAAUACCUGUGUAUUGACAGCACCGUUUUCGAACUCAGUUCAGGAAAGAAGGUUCGUGAAUUGAACAAGUAUAACAAGAAAAUGGGUUCUUUCGUGGAACUGGCCAUCACCAUAGAUGAAAAAUACCUCUUAAUCGGCGACGCGGACGUUGUCGGUAUGUAUAAUAUAGAAACUGGAAAACAUGUUAAAGACCUUCCGCUUCCGUCCACCGCCAGCGUGAUCAAAUUGACGCGGGAUGGACGUCUGGCGGUCGUAGGAACUACUAAUGCUUGCGUCAUCAAAGUGUUUGACGUCAAUGAUCGCUCAAACACCUUCGGGCUCGAAGCGGUGACUUACGACCCACAGAAGGCGUUUCCGGAUCUCAUUAUGACGGAAGACAAUUACGCAACGAAGGAAGUGUCGGAAGUCUGCCUCGCUCACAAGGAGGGCGCCUUUGUCAGCCUCGUGAAGCGGAAAUACCCGAUUGUCUGGAGUUUGAAAAACGUCAGCACGAAACCGAGGCUCCUAUCAAUUCCGCAAAGCUCAGGUCCGUUUCGAUACUUGUUUCAGGUUCAAUUUUCUGCUGAUGAUAAGUUUGUGUUAGCUGCUGAACUGUCUCCCAACAUUAUGAUGUGGGAUUCGGUCAAGGGGGAUCUUGUUGCGACGUUCACGGCGCAUGAAAACGAUCUCCAUUCAUUGGUUGUAGGUUCCAAAAAUAACAUUGCGUCGACCGUACAAGCCAACGGGACUGUGAUAAAAGUUUGGGACUUGUAUAAAGUUAUGACCAUGGAGAAAAUGUCGAGUGUAAAAUCGCAAGAAAUGUCUGUGAAGAAUGUAACUUUGCUGAACCAAAGUAACUUAUUGUUCAUGUCUAAAGUUCAUCCACCGAAGAGUCGGAAAGCGUAUCAUUUUAUAGACUACUUCGGCGUUGAAGUUCUUAACUUCACAACGGGUAAAAACACGACACUGCUACCAUUUGACAAGUAUGGACACAUUGAAACGCUGUCUUGCUCGGAGGACGCUUCCGUAAUGGUUGUGAAUAUUUCCGGAAUGCGCGCGAGCUCCAUUGCCGUCGUAGACCUCAAGAAUGACCGUCUGCUGACGCUCAAAACGCCAGAGUGUCGCGGGGUUAUCAUAAGCCCUGACGGACACUUCAUGUGCUUACUUUUGAAGGCUAACCCGAUGCGUGUGGACCUCUAUAACAUCCAAAACACCGAGGCCAUUGAAAAGAUCGCUUCCUUUGAUGGCUGCAGAAACGCUCUAUUCACGCGGAGCGGCGCCUUCGUCGGCGUCCGCGGCUCCCAGCUCUUGGUGCGGCAGUCGGUGAUGGACGAAGAGGAGCUGACGCUCGAUCUCCACGGGAAAGUGGUGGCCACGCAUGCUUCUGAAGCCGCCGGCCUACUGUUAGUCAGCGCGGAUGAUGGUUUACAUUUUACUGUGACGGCGUUCCGUACCGAUAGUUUCGGCGCUAUCGGCACCAUCACUGACGUCAGUAAAGGCGGUAUCAGCGAUGUCGCCGACGACGGCUCCGUCUGCAUUGACGCACAGUUGCAGAUAUUCGAGCUACAGCGCUGUAAACAAGUAAAACGUCUGUUACUCACGUCUAAAACUGACGGCAUCACGUCCGUGCGUCUGUCCAGCGGCGGGCGCCACGCGAUCUUUAUUGACAGUGUACAAGGGCCCUGCGUGAAGGUGUGUCGAGUCGCCGACAACGCCAUUAUCUCACGUUGCUUCCUGCACUGCGUUCCGGAGUCUAUCGACUUUGUUCCGGCAUUGGACGUCUUCCUCGUCGUCGGCAAGGAUAGCAAGAAACUCUACAUUCUCGCUCUCCGGGACCAGCGAAACCCGGACUUCGAAACGCGCGUGGAUAGACUGAAAGGUAUCCUAAAGGCCAACGGAGGAACGGCCGUCGGCGCCCUGGAGCUCUCUGAGAAGACAACGGAGUCUUUAAAGGCGUUGGCGACCGAGGAACAGGUGAAGCAUAUGACCUUGACAGAGCGUCAAGCGUCCAUGCUCCAAGUAAGCGUCCGCCGUGCUACCAGCGCCAAAGGGCCGCAUCCCCGUCAGCGGCACAAAAGUUCCUCGUGUACCCUUCUGUAGUUGACACUUAAGAACUAGCGCUUCGAUGCCCCGGGACUUUGGCACUACGAUGCCCCGGGAAUUCAGUGCUAGUGUGACCAUGAAAUAAGGGGCUAGUGUGAUCCUGGAAUUCGACUCGUUACACGUUUCUCCGGUUUGUAGUUAAGUUGUUUAUGGAUGUGAUUUCGAUGUUAUUUGGACUGUGGAUUAUUGUGAUAUGUUUUUAUAUUUAACUGGACACAAAUGUGAAAAAGCUUCAAAAAGUUUUCACAACUAGUGAACAACUGGAUCUUUGUUAUCGGGCAUUAAUUUUGUUAUCAUAUAUAAAUAUGUUCAGGGAUCACUUCUGUAUAAUGUUAUUUGUAAAAAGUGUAUAUAUGCGUAUUUUUACAAGAAAAUGGCCUAAGCAUAUCAAAUCCAUCGAUUGUUUAUUGUUAGAAAUGGUUUAAAUAAACUGCUUCAUUUCUUAAAAUCAUAUAACAAUGUCAUGUAUUUUUGUACUGUUACGUAAAGGCUCAUUUUAAAGAAAUUUUAACGGUCUCUACAUGUUUUUAUAUAUUAUAUGUGUUUUACGCAGUCAACUUUAAAGUUUUGUAAAAUUUGCGAAGUAACGAUUCUUUGGUAUGAUUAUUAAUUUCGAUUCAGCUCUGUUAUAAAAUAGUUACUGUUUUCGUUCAACGAUAUGAAACAUGUAUACAGUCAAUCCCCGUUGGCUCGAACUCACAGGUACCGGCGAAAAUACCUCGAGCCAAGCGGGAAUGCUUACGAUCAGUUUAAAGAAAUCGGUUUUUUACAUCCAGUUCGAGCCAACAGGGAAAUCGAACCAAGCGAUUUUGAGCCAACGGGGUUUGACUGUACAUUUACGUAUUUGAUAAUUUUGUAUUUGACACAAAAUGCACUGCAACUAUUUUUUCUUUGCAUUCAGUUGUUUUUUGCACAUUAGUGAACGUACAUUUUUUUUAAUUUAGUGCUAGUUACUAGUAUUAGGAAUAAUUAAACGUGUAUCAAUGAAUAUUUCAUUUUAAUUAUCAAAGGAAUGCUAUUUCCCUUCAGAGUCUGUGAUAAAACAAGUUGGUAUUUAUACGUUAACGAUUAUAAACAAAAAAUGUAUGUAUGAACGAAAUGUUGUUUGGUUCAAGUAAAUACACAAGUAAGUUUAAAAGUUAAUAGAUGCAUGCUUAUUCCAUUUUAUCAACGAUGUCUAAAAUCACCAUUUUCAGUUAAAACGCCCGUGUUACAAAUCAAAAUGAUCGUUUAAAUUCCAAAAUCAAUUGACAAAUGAAAUUGAUAAUUGAAAAAAAUAGCAACUAAGAAAUAUGAUUUCGAAAGAAAGUGGUCAUACGAUUAGUUCAUUUUUAUAGGGCGAGUACGUUACUUCAGCUUGUCGGAUUUGUGUUUUUAAGAUGUUGUCAUAGUCUUUGUGUCGUUGUUGGUAUUACCCAAAACCGGUUAAAAGUAUAAACAUGGAACUUGGUAUAAACGUUAUCAAUGAGUACCAGGUUCAAUAACCCUGGCUAAAAUAUAUCUUGGGAAAUGCCCCUUACCCUAUAGAGAAUUACAAAACAGACGAACGUUGAGAUCCCCUUGCAGAACUCUUGUUCGUGUUACUCAUUACUGGCUGUGAUAAUGUCUCAACAUUCUUAUCUUUCUCAUUUACACUUUUUAUAUUAAAAGUGAAAAAUGCAUUUAAUUAUUUAUUUAUUUUCAUAAGAAAUGUUUUAUUUAUUAUAGUAUUAUAGGAAUAAAUGACACAAAUGG